UCAUCAUUAUCAUUCUCUUGAUACUUUUGGUGUCGCAAUUGAAUCAAAUGUCAACUUGUCUUGAUCUCUUAAUAACCAUUUAACUGGAAGAUUUUAUUACCAUUGGAAAGAGACCUCGUUUAGGAUUCUUUUGGUUUCUUGCUGAUUAGCAUCCAUUUAUUUUCCUUUAAUAAGAAUACAAGGAUUAACCAAUAUCAUCACUUUUAUCAUCAUCAUCAUCAUCAUGUCUCUUGUCUCAUCUUCUUCUAAAUCUGCAAUCAAAUCUUCCAAUCUCGGUGACUAUGUCAAGAAUCUCAGCCCUCAAAUUAUUGACAAACUCUAUUCAAAAAGCUCUUCUUGUUGUCUUGCUAUUUUCGGACAAUUACCUCCAUUGGCGAAAACAUAUGUAAUUAGAUUGUUAUUUAUCGAUCAAGGUAUUCCAAAGGAUGUUAUCUCUUCAUGGGUCACCUCAAGUUCCAUCAUCCAUCGUUAAGUGUAUUUGUUUUCAGAAUCCCACACAAUAUACACAACCGAGAGAAAAUUUCGAUACAAUUAAAAUUACCUUUAGAAUCAUCAAUAAUUAUCGAAUUUUCGAAUAAUUAAUUCUCAAUAUUUAAUUAUUCUUUCACGAGGUCCUAUACCUUUUCUGGCUUUCGUUCACCUUUAUGAAAGAUGUAAACAUUAGUCUCUGCAUCGAACUCGAACUCGAACUCGAACUCGUAACUUUAAAUCUGAGGCAUGACCAAAGUGAAAAUCCUUCGGUUAAGCCUCUUGACUACCGAUGAUGAAGAGAAGAGGAGGAAAAGAGGAGUUGGUUAAUAUCACAUUUUCCUCCAAUAGGAUUUGGCGACAGGCGGAGUUUCAACAAUAUGAUAACAAUCAUCUUCUUAUCAUCAUAGAACUGAAUUAAAAUGAUUGUAACAAUUUACGUUUAGUUACAAACAAAGUUUUUGUUUUCGUUUAAAUUUUUCUGAAUCUUCAUCAUGCCAACUAACGAUUCAUCUGUUGAUAGUGAUUCUUGUACAACUACAUCGCCAUCAACUUCCUCUUCAUCUCCUGCAGUUGCAACAAUUAACUACAAUGUUUCAUCAACAAUCAGAAAUUCAGAGGUAAGAACCGUAAUGUUAUAUGGUGUACCAAUAAUCGCCCUGAUCAUGGACGGAGUAGAGCGACUUUGCUUAGCUCAGAUUUCAAAUACUCUGUUGAAAAGUUUCAGUUACAAUGAGAUUCACAAUAGGAGAGUUGCACUUGGAAUUACGUGUAUCCAAUGUACUCCCGUACAAUUAGAGCUGUUAAGACGAGCUGGGGCUAUGCCAGUUUCGUCCCGUCGAUGUGGUAUGAUAACCAAACGUGAAGCCGAGCGACUUUGUAAAUCUUUCUUAGCCGAAACAGCUCCACCCAAAUUACCUGAUAACUUUGCAUUUGAUUGUUAUCACCAUUGUUCAUGGGGAUGUAAGGGCAGUUUCAUGCCCUCCAGAUAUAAUAGCUCAAGAGCGAAAUGUAUCAAGUGUACAUAUUGUGGUUUGUUUUUUUCGCCCAACAAAUUCAUCUUCCACUCCCAUCAACUGCCCAAUUCGAAAUAUGUCCAACCGGAUGCUGCGAACUUCAAUUCGUGGAGACGACACAUUAAACUAAACGGUAAUCCCACGGAAGAGGUUUAUCUAGUCUGGGAAGAUGUGAAAGCCAUGUUCAAUGGCGGAAGUAGGAAACGAGCCAUGUCUUGUGGACUGAGUGGUGAUGGAGGUGGAAGUGGAAGUGGUGGUGGUGGUGGGCAUCAUCUUCGCCAUCAUCACACUCAUUCAUCAUCUUCUUCUAAUGUUAUCAGUGGAAGUUUAUCUUCAUCAUCUCCGUCAUCUUCUUCUUCCUCUAAUGUUUCAUCUUCUCUUAAUCGGAUAUCUUCAUCUUCCUCCCCAUCAUCAGGUAACAAUAAUAAUCUCAACGCUACUUCGGUCACAAGUGGCGGUGUGAAUGUCAACACAACAUCAAAUUCUCAUCAAAAUUUAUCUUCCUCGUCAUCUUCAUCUUCAUCAUCUUCUUCCUCUCAACAACACUAUGAUAAAAAACAACGACUUGAGAGUCCAGUUGAUUCAAUUGAAUCAACUCCAACUCCACCUCAUCAUCAUCAUCAUCAUCAUCCUUUGCACUCCUUUCCAUCACCAUCUUCAUCACUAUUAUCACAUCAUCUUCCUCAUCAUCUUCCACCUCCUUCAAAUCAUCACAAUCAUCAUCAUCCACCUUCUCAUGCUCAUCCCAAUUCACUUCUUGAUCCAAGUUUAAUCAAAGGACUAACUUCAUCUGCAAUCGGAGUUAAUUGUUUAUCCCUCUCAUCACUCCCAGUUAAACCUCCUUAUCCACUUCCUGUAUCAAUGUUGAACGGAUCAUCAUCAACAACCACAACAUCUUCAUCCACAUCAUCAAGACUUUGCCCACCGACCGGAAGUUCAAGUGCUUCAAAUAACAAUAGUCACCAAUCAGGUCAACCUCCACCUUCACCACUCCACCCAUCAAACUUACCGUUAUCAUCGGGAGGAAGUAAAUCUUUCAAUGGAGUCAAUCCACACCAUCCACAUCUCACUCCAGCUGAUUUUAGAUCAAGUUUUGCUGAUUUAAUGUCUUGGAGUUCAGGGGAGGAGGUGGUGGUGUCAGUGGAUCAAAAGGGAUCAUCAUCAACACAUAAUCCACCGCCAUCGUCAUGGGGUCUUCCUUAUGGCUGUGUAUUUUGGCCUCGUUCCCCAGCUACCGCAGCCGUGGCAGCAGCAGCGGCAGCGGCGGCCGCAGUUUCAACAGGUUCUAAUGUUGCAAAUCGUUUGCCAAGUGAUUUACUUUAUCCAGUCAUGGACGCUGCCGUUGCCGCUUCUUCUUCCUCGUCUUCAAAUGGACCAAAAAGUUCAUCAAAUCAAACUCAUCAUCUUCACUCACCACAUCUCUCCGAUUCUAGUCCACACCAUCAACACCACCCUCACCAUCACCCUCAUCAUCCAGCCCACUGGCUGAUGCCAAUCGAUGCAGCGGCCAGCUCAUCAUUCCUCUUGACCUCAGCGGCAGCGGCAGCGGCAGUUUCUCAGAAUCGAUCACUAAUUGAAUCAAAUUCAUCCCCUUUCCCCGCCAAUGGACAAGGGCCAAUUGUUGGCCAUGUAUCAGCUUUCAAACCAAUUAACAUAACAACCAAAUCAUCACUGUUAUCAUCACAAUCAUCCAAACAUAACAAUCAAUCAAUUUCAUCUUCAACAAUCAAAGAUUCUGAUCAACAAUCAUCAUCACCCAAUAAUCCGAUGACCAUUACACCAACAUCAUCAACAAUUGAUGAUGCUGAUGAUGUAACUGAAUCAACAGCAGCAAUUAAUUCAAGUGACAAUGAAGCUGAUUUAAUUGAUGUGAUUGGUGAAGGUGAAGAUGAUGAAGAUGAUAAUAAUAACAGUAAAAAUCAAGUUGAUUGUAACAUUGCAAUUUCCGUGUGUGGUGAUAACAAUCAAGAGAUUAUCAAAAGUGGGACAAUAACAAUUGAAGAUCAAGAUCAAGACAAUCAAGAUAAAAUUAACAACAACAACAAUAAUAAUAAUAAUAAUCUUAAUCAACGUCCUAAUUGUCGUAAAAGAACUCGUGUUAAUUUAAAUCGUGUCAAGAAAAAUUAUCUCGAUUCAAAUGAACUAAUUAAAAAGGAGCAACAAUCAAUACCAAUUAAUAAACAAUUAACUUGGACAAGACAAGAAAUGAUUGAAAAAAUUAAUUCUAACCACAAGCAAGUUGAUAAUCAUGAUUACGAGAAAAUUGAUGUUAAUCAUGAACGAUCAACUAAAUCACAAUCAACUGGUUUAAUGGUCUCUCCUAAUUUAGCUCUUGAUUUGUCUAAUAUGGGAUCAAUAUCUAAAGGAGAUGAUUUAAAUCGUUUAAUGUUAAAUGGAAGUGAAUCUCGACAACGAUUGGAAAAAGAAUUGGAGUUGAUGCAAAAUCUUGUUCUAAAUGGACCUUAUAGCAAAUGUAAUCCUCCGAGUUAUCAGUUAAUUGGUGAUGAACAAUCAAGAUCAACGGAACAAUUAACUCGAGAUGAGAUGCACAAGCGACUACAAUUUGUUAGUUUACUAAAACUUAAUCAACUUAAUUACUAUUCAAGUUAGUUAGUUGUAACAGAAAAACGAUAAAUUUCACAAAUCAAUCAAUUCCUCCGAUCGUCACAAUUAACAAAUUAAUCCAGUUCCAUCAUUUAAUCACCACCAUCAUCAUCGACAUCAUCAUCUCUAAAUCAUGAACAAAAUUAACAAUUUAAACAUAUCCACAAUUGAAUGAUUAUGUUACUAUAAUUAACCACUAAUCAAAUUAAUCCUUUUGAUCUCAUCUGAAAACCAAACCAAAUUAGUAACAAUUUAGGUAUUUAUUUGAUUAAUUGUUACACUGAUUAUACAGUUAAUUGCUUUUUUUGAGUUGAAAGAAAACUUUUUGACCCUUCUUUAUGUAAAAUGAUUUAAUUGGAAAACAAUUAACUAAUCAAUAAUUGUUGAUUCACAAACAAAACGUAAACAAUUAUGAUAAUAAAAUGUAAAUAACAUUAAUCA